AUGAGUUUCUUAUGGGAUUGGUUUACUAAUAUUUUAUCCACACUUGGUUUACAUAAAAAAAGUGGCAAACUUGUAUUUCUUGGUCUUGAUAAUGCUGGAAAAACAACUUUAUUACAUAUGUUAAAAGAUGAUCGAUUAGCUCAACAUGUACCAACUCUACAUCCAACUUCCGAAGAAUUGGUUAUGGGUAAUAUGAAAUUUACAACAUUCGAUUUAGGUGGUCAUGCUCAAGCUCGUCGUGUAUGGAAAGAUUAUUUUCCAGCAGUUGAUUCAAUUGUUUUUCUUGUUGAUUCAGUUGAUCGAAGUCGUUUUGCUGAAACAAAAGCAGAACUUGAUAGUUUAUUAACAGAUGAACAAGUUGCUAAUGCACCAAUUGUUAUUCUUGGUAAUAAAAUUGAUUUACCAGGAGCUGUUAGUGAACAGGAACUUCGCUAUGUACUUGGAAUAUCCACAGCAACAACAGGAAAAGGUAAUGUUCCACGUUCGAAUAUCAAUGGACGUCCAAUGGAAUUAUUUAUGUGUAGUGUAUUGAGACGCGAAGGUUAUGGAGAAGCAUUUCGAUGGCUUUCACAUUAUGAAUGUGAGAUAUUGAGAGCAUCUCAAUGUCCACCAGGUCCAACAAAAGAUGAUGAAGAAUUAAUGAAAUCGGAGUUAUAUACAAAAGAACAAUUAUUUGCUUUUUGUGAUGCUGGUAAAACAUAUGCAGAUUGUAUCAAUGAACGUUUACAUUGUUGUGAUAUGCGUGUUGAAUAUGCAUCAGCAUUAGUAUCACUUGAUGCUCAACUAAAACGUAAUGCAUGGCGUACUGGAAAAUAUUGUACUGGAAUUAGUGAAACAAAUAUUAUACAAUAUAGAUGUUUAACAACAUUAGAAUCAGGAUUAACUACAACUUUACAACCUACAAUCACAACAAUAAUACCAAUAUGUGAUGUUGAAAAAGCUGGAAGAGAAUGUAGUCCAAUUAUUGAAAAUCGUGUACAUUUUGAUUCUCAAUGGUCUGUUUAUGAAAAAGCUAAAUGGUGUAAAGAUACUUAUGACUAUUAUAUAUGUGCAUUAUCAUAUAUAACAAAUUGUACAACAAUAUCUGUUGCAACUGAUAUUGCUCAAUUAACACUUUUCAUGGAUUUUAUAGAAAAAACUGCUAAUCGUGAAUGUCCCGGUGGUCUAUAUGGUUGUGCAGUGAAUGCUAAUAGUGAUAUGCGUUGUCGCGCUGGUGCAAAGUAUUUUCUUGACAAAAAUGCAUUAACUGAUCAAGCUAUCAUACGACAAAGAUCAUCUCUUACUCUACUUAUCAUAUUUUUAUGUUUAUUCAUUUGUUCAUAUUAG